AUGAUGGAGACUCUGGAAGGAGUCGAACUCUGUUUUUCACAACUCCUCAACACAUCCUGCAGGAAGCCGAUGCGUUCUCACUCUGAGGCCAUACUCUUUUACAUCCUACUGUCCUUCAUCUCUCUGCUUACUGUGAUGCUCAACCUCCUGGUCAUCAUCUCCAUCUCCCACUUCAGGCAGCUACAGACUCCCACCAACCUCCUCCUCCUCUCUCUGGCUGUCUCAGACCUCCUGGUUGGCCUCCUGCUGAUGCCAGUUGAGGGUUUGCACUCCUUUGGCACCUGUUGGUUCCUGGGUGACUUCCUCUGUGCUGCUUCUUACUUUAUGGUCUUCCUCAUUACCUCUGCCUCGGUAGGAAACAUGGUGCUGAUAUCCAUUGACCGCUAUGUGGCUAUUUGUGACCCUCUGCAUUACCCCAUCAAAAUCACCCAGAAAGGAAUUCAGAUCAGUGUUUGUCUGUGCUGGGUCUGUUCUGGACUUUACAGUAGUCUGGUACUAAAAGACCUCCUGACACAGCCGGGUAAAUAUAAUUCCUGCCAUGGCGAGUGUGUAGUUCUCAUUGACUUCAUUGCAGGAACUGUGUACUUUGUUUUGACCUUUAUUAUUCCUGUUUCUGUCAUUGCAGUUCUGUACAUCAGAAUAUUUGUGGUGGCUGUGUCUCAGGCACGAGCUAUGAGGUCCCAUGUUGCAACGGUCACAGUUCGCUGUACAUUGAUCAUUACUGCUAAGAAAUCUGAGAGGAAGGCAACGAGCGCUCUUGGUAUUGUCAUUUUUGUGUUUCUAAUGCGUUUCUGUCCAUAUUACUAUCUCUUUCUCACAGGGGAGGAAGAAAACAACAACCAUUCGUCCUCAUACUUUGUUAUAUUUCUUUAUGGUAACUCUUAUUUAAAUCCUCUGAUUUAUGCCUUUUUCUACCCCUGGUUUAGAAAAGCUAUUAAACAAAUUGCUACUCUUAAGAUUCUUCAGCAAGAUUCUUGUAAAGCCAAAAUGGUCAUACAGUAG